AUGUCGGUCGCGAAGUCGAGACUGCUGGAUUUGUUGAAGGUCCAAUGCCGGAUCUUCUCAACCACAUUCAACCCCGACGGACUUCGAACAGGAAACAAGGUUCUUCGAUCAAGAUUGAAGGGACCAGCGCUGGCUGCGUACUACCCACGGAAGAUGGCGACAAUCAAGGAUCUGCAGAAGACAUAUGAUGAAUACGAUGUCGAGACCUACGAUGAUUACGAGGAAGAUAGAUUUGAACAUCUUACUAUUCUGAAAGCUAGAGGAAAGGGAGCACCGAAAAAGAAGAGAACUGCGGAAGAAUCCAAGAAGUUCAAGGGAAAGAAGAAGUAG